AUGAGAGUCGCAACCUUCGUGAUCUUGUGCUGUGUACUGCAGUAUGUAUCUGCAUCUUCUCUCGAUAAUGAUUUGUUGAAUAUGCUCACGGAUGCAAAUUCAUUUCAAACAAAAAAUGAGAGCACAAGCGAUGAAUUUAAUGUCGACAAAAAUGGAAAUCUACUCGAAACAUAUACAGUAAGAAAAGAGUUUGCUAGAGAUGGCGAUGACUUCACUACUGACGCAGACGAUGACGUUGAAGUCAGAACGAUUGUUAUCAAAAAAGAUAAAUUUGGUCACGAACGAAUAUACGAAGAGGAUGUUCAUAUCAAAAAGGUUCCUGGAGCUUCAGCUGAAACAUCUAGCGCCAAUGCUGCAAUAGGCGGUGCUGAUGGCCAAAUCUUACAAAAUAACGGAGGUGGUUAUAAAUCAAGAGGAAACCAAGAGAAUAUUGUUCUAGUCAACAACAGAAAAUCUGGUUCAGGAUCAAGUUCAAGCUCUUCUGGCGCUGAUAGUGAAAGAAACGCCGGCUCAGCCGGUUUUAAUAAUGGUCAAAGUUACGAAAACAGACUUGGAGGUGCAGCAGCCGGAGCAGCAUCAGCCGCAACGAGCACUGCUGGCAGUGCAGGAUAUGGACCAUACGGAGACCAAAGACCAAACGUUCUCAUUGUAAGAGACGACGGUUCAUCGGACUCGACAACAGCAUCAUCCGCCGCAGCUGCAGCUGCAGGUGGCGCUGGAGCAUCUGGCUCACAAGGACGAGGCUACGGUGCUGGCGCCGGAGGCGCAGGAGCCGGAGCAUUAGGACAGUUCGGUCUCUACGGUUUACAAGGAGGACGUGGUGCAGGAUCCGCCGCUACUGCCGCCGCAGCCGCCGCUGCUGCUGCCGGAUCAUCCGGCGCUUACGGCCCAGGAUCACGUGGAAGCUACGGAAGCCCAGGAGUAGUAAUUGUUGAGGAGACAGGAUCUGGUUCAAGAUCGAGCUCUUCUGCCGCUGCUAGUACAGCAAACGCUGACUCAGCCAAUGGUGCUAACGGAUACGGAAUCGGAUCAGGACUUGGAGGUGCAGCAGCCGGAGCAGCAUCAGCCGCAACGAGCGAUGCUGGAAAUGCAGGAUAUGGACCAUACGGAAACCAAGGACCAACCGUUGUCAUUGUUAACGACGACGGUUCAUCGGGCACAUCAACAACAUCAUCCACCGCAGCCGCAGCUGCAGGUGGCGCUGGAGCAUCUGGCUCACAAGGACGAGGCUACGGUGCUGGCGUCGGAGGCGCAGGAGCCGGAGCAUUAGGACAGUUCGGUCUCUACGGUUUACAAGGAGGACGUGGUGCAGGAUCCGCCGCUACUGCCGCCGCAGCCGCCGCUGCUGCUGCCGGAUCAUCCGGCGCUUACGGCCCAGGAUCACGUGGAAGCUACGGAAGCCCAGGAGUAGUCAUUGUUGAGGAGACAGGAUCUGGUUCAAGAUCGAGCUCUUCUGCCGCUGCUAGUACAGCAAACGCUGACUCAGCCAAUGGUGCUAACGGAUACGGAAUCGGAUCAGGACUUGGAGGUGCAGCAGCCGGAGCAGCAUCAGCCGCAACGAGCGAUGCUGGAAAUGCAGGAUAUGGACCAUACGGAAACCAAGGACCAACCGUUGUCAUUGUUAACGACGACGGUUCAUCGGGCACAUCAACAACAUCAUCCACCGCAGCCGCAGCUGCAGGUGGCGCUGGAGCAUCUGGCUCACAAGGACGAGGCUACGGUGCUGGCGUGGGAGGCGCAGGAGCCGGAGCAUUAGGACAGUUAGGUCUCUACGGUUUACAAGGAGGACGUGGUGCAGGAUCCGCCGCUACUGCCGCCGCAGCCGCCGCUGCUGCUGCCGGAUCAUCCGGCGCUUACGGCCCAGGAUCACGUGGAAGCUACGGAAGCCCAGGAGUAGUCAUUGUUGAGGAGACAGGAUCUGGUUCAAGAUCGAGCUCUUCUGCCGCUGCUAGUACAGCAAACGCUGACUCAGCCAAUGGUGCUAACGGAUACGGAAUCGGAUCAGGACUUGGAGGUGCAGCAGCCGGAGCAGCAUCAGCCGCAACGAGCGAUGCUGGAAAUGCAGGAUAUGGACCAUACGGAAACCAAGGACCAACCGUUGUCAUUGUUAACGACGACGGUUCAUCGGGCACAUCAACAACAUCAUCCACCGCAGCCGCAGCUGCAGGUGGCGCUGGAGCAUCUGGCUCACAAGGACGAGGCUACGGUGCUGGCGUGGGAGGCGCAGGAGCCGGAGCAUUAGGACAGUUAGGUCUCUACGGUUUACAAGGAGGACGUGGUGCAGGAUCCGCCGCUACUGCCGCCGCAGCCGCCGCUGCUGCUGCCGGAUCAUCCGGCGCUUACGGCCCAGGAUCACGUGGAAGCUACGGAAGCCCAGGAGUAGUCAUUGUUGAGGAGACAGGAUCUGGUUCAAGAUCGAGCUCUUCUGCCGCUGCUAGUACAGCAAACGCUGACUCAGCCAAUGGUGCUAACGGAUACGGAAUCGGAUCAGGACUUGGAGGUGCAGCAGCCGGAGCAGCAUCAGCCGCAACGAGCGAUGCUGGAAAUGCAGGAUAUGGACCAUACGGAAACCAAGGACCAACCGUUGUCAUUGUUAACGACGACGGUUCAUCGGGCACAUCAACAACAUCAUCCACCGCAGCCGCAGCUGCAGGUGGCGCUGGAGCAUCUGGCUCACAAGGACGAGGCUACGGUGCUGGCGUCGGAGGCGCAGGAGCCGGAGUAUUAGGACAGUUCGGUCUCUACGGUUUACAAGGAGGACGUGGUGCAGGAUCCGCCGCUACUGCCGCCGCAGCCGCCGCUGCUGCUGUCGGAUCAUCCGGCGCUUACGGCCCAGGAUCACGUGGAAGAAACGGAAGCCCAGGAGUAGUCAUUGUUGAGGAGACAGGAUCUGGUUCAAGAUCGAGCUCUUCUGCCGCUGCUAGUACAGCAAACGCUGGCUCAGCCAAUCGUGCUAACGGAUACGGAAUCGGAUCAGGACUUGGAGGUGCAGCAGCCGGAGCAGCAUCAGCCGCAACGAGCGAUGCUGGAAAUGCAGGAUAUGGACCAUACGGAAACCAAGGACCAACCGUUGUCAUUGUUAACGACGACGGUUCAUCGGGCACAUCAACAACAUCAUCCACCGCAGCCGCAGCUGCAGGUGGCGCUGGAGCAUCUGGCUCACAAGGACGAGGCUACGGUGCUGGCGUCGGAGGCGCAGGAGCCGGAGCAUUAGGACAGUUCGGUCUCUACGGUUUACAAGAAGGACGUGGUGCAGGAUCCGCCGCUACUGCCGCCGCAGCCGCCGCUGCUGCUGCCGGAUCAUCCGGCGCUUACGGCCCAGGAUCACGUGGAAGCUACGGAAGCCCAGGAGUAGUCAUUGUUGAGGAGACAGGAUCUGGUUCAAGAUCGAGCUCUUCUGCCGCUGCUAGUACAGCAAACACUGACUCAGCCAAUGGUGCUAACGGAUACGGAAUCGGAUCAGGACUUGGAGGUGCAGCAGCCGGAGCAGCAUCAGCCGCAACGAGCGAUGCUGGAAAUGCAGGAUAUGGACCAUACGGAAACCAAGGACCAACCGUUGUCAUUGUUAACGACGACGGUCCAUCGGGCACAUCAACAACAUCAUCCACCGCAGCCGCAGCUGCAGGUGGCGCUGGAGCAUCUGGCUCACAAGGACGAGGCUACGGUGCUGGCGCCGGAGGCGCAGGAGCCGGAGCAUCAGGACAGUUCGGUCUCUAUGGUUCACAAGGACGACGUGGUGCAGGAUCCGCCGCUGCUGCCGCCGCAGCCGCCGCUGCUGCUGCCGGAUCAUCCGGCGCUUACGGCCCAGGAUCACGUGGAAGCUACGGAAAUCCAGGAGUAGUCAUUGUUGAGGAAACAGGAUCUGGUUCAAGAUCGAGCUCUUCUACCGCUGCUAGUACAGCAAAUGCUGGCUCAGCCAAUGGUGCUAACGGAUACGGAAUCGGAUCAGGACUUGGAAGUGCAGCAGCCGGAGCAGCAUCAGCCGCAACGAGCGAUGCUGGAAGUGCAAGAUAUGGACCAUACGGAAACCAAGGACCAACCGUUGUCAUUGUUAACGACGACGGUCCAUCGGGCACAUCAACAACAUCAUCCACCGCAGCCGCAGCUGCAGGUGGCGCUGGAGCAUCUGGCUCACAAGGACGAGGCUACGGUGCUGGCGCCGGAGGCGCAGGAGCCGGAGCAUCAGGACAGUUCGGUCUCUAUGGUUUACAAGGAGGACGUGGUGCAGGAUCCGCCGCUGCUGCCGCCGCAGCCGCCGCUGCUGCUGCCGGAUCAUCUGACGCUUACGGCCCAGGAUCACGUGGAAGCUACGGAAGCCCAGGAGUAGUCAUUGUUGAGGAAACAGGAUCUGGUUCAAGAUCGAGCUCUUCUACCGCUGCUAGUACAGCAAACGCUGGCUCAGCCAAUGGUGCUAACGGAUACGGAAUCGGAUCAGGACUUGGAAGUGCAGCAGCCGGAGCAGCAUCAGCCGCAACGAGCGAUGCUGGAAGUGCAAGAUAUGGACCAUACGGAAACCAAGGACCAACCGUUGUCAUUGUUAACGACGACGGUCCAUCGGGCACAUCAACAACAUCAUCCACCGCAGCCGCAGCUGCAGGUGGCGCUGGAGCAUCUGGCUCACAAGGACGAGGCUACGGUGCUGGCGCCGGAGGCGCAGGAGCCGGAGCAUCAGGACAGUUCGGUCUCUAUGGUGCACAAGGAGGACGUGGUGCAGGAUCCGCCGCUGCUGCCGCCGCAGCCGCCGCUGCUGCUGCCGGAUCAUCCGGCGCUUACGGCCCAGGAUCACGUGGAAGCUACGGAAGCCCAGGAGUAGUCAUUGUUGAGGAAACAGGAUCUGGUUCAAGAUCGAGCUCUUCUACCGCUGCUAGUACAGCAAAUGCUGGCUCAGCCAAUGGUGCUAACGGAUACGGAAUCGGAUCAGGACUUGGAAGUGCAGCAGCCGGAGCAGCAUCAGCCGCAACGAGCGAUGCUGGAAGUGCAAGAUAUGGACCAUACGGAAACCAAGGACCAACCGUUGUCAUUGUUAACGACGACGGUCCAUCGGGCACAUCAACAACAUCAUCCACCGCAGCCGCAGCUGCAGGUGGCGCUGGAGCAUCUGGCUCACAAGGACGAGGCUACGGUGCUGGCGCCGGAGGCGCAGGAGCCGGAGCAUCAGGACAGUUCGGUCUCUAUGGUGCACAAGGAGGACGUGGUGCAGAAUCCGCCGCUGCUGCUGCCGGAUCAUCCGGCGCUUACGGCCCAGGAUCACGUGGAAGCUACGGAAGCCCAGGAGUAGUCAUUGUUGAGGAGACAGGAUCUGGUUCAAGAUCGAGCUCUUCUGCCGCUGCUAGUACAGCAAAUGCUGGCUCAGCCAAUGGUGCUAACGGAUACGGAAUCGGAUCAGGACUUGGAAGUGCAGCAGCCGGAGCAGCAUCAGCCGCAACGAGCGAUGCUGGAAGUGCAAGAUAUGGACCAUACGGAAACCAAGGACCAACCGUUGUCAUUGUUAACGACGACGGUCCAUCGGGCACAUCAACAACAUCAUCCACCGCAGCCGCAGCUGCAGGUGGCGCUGGAGCAUCUGGCUCACAAGGACGAGGCUACGGUGCUGGCGUCGGAGGCGCAGGAGCCGGAGCAUCAGGACAGUUCGGUCUCUAUGGUUUACAAGGAGGACGUGGUGCAGGAUCCGCCGCUGCUGCCGCCGCAGCCGCCGCUGCUGCUGCCGGAUCAUCUGACGCUUACGGCCCAGGAUCACGUGGAAGCUACGGAAGCCCAGGAGUAGUCAUUGUUGAGGAAACAGGAUCUGGUUCAAGAUCGAGCUCUUCUGCCGCUGCUAGUACAGCAAACGCUGACUCAGCCAAUGGUGCUAACGGAUACGGAAUCGAAUCAGGACUUGGAGGUGCAGCAGCCGGAGCAGCAUCAGCCGCAACGAGCGAUGCUGGAAAUGCAGGAUAUGGACCAUACGGAAACCAAGGACCAACCGUUGUCAUUGUUAACGACGACGGUCCAUCGGGCACAUCAACAACAUCAUCCACCGCAGCCGCAGCUGCAGGUGGCGCUGGAGCAUCUGGCUCACAAGGACGAGGCUACGGUGCUGGCGCCGGAGGCGCAGGAGCCGGAGCAUCAGGACAGUUCGGUCUCUAUGGUUUACAAGGAGGACGUGGUGCAGGAUCCGCCGCUGCUGCCGCCGCAGCCGCCGCUGCUGCUGCCGGAUCAUCUGACGCUUACGGCCCAGGAUCACGUGGAAGCUACGGAAGCCCAGGAGUAGUCAUUGUUGAGGAAACAGGAUCUGGUUCAAGAUCGAGCUCUUCUACCGCUGCUAGUACAGCAAAUGCUGGCUCAGCCACUGGUGCUAACGGAUACGGAAUUGGAUCAGGACUUGGAAGUGCAGCAGCCGGAGCAGCAUCAGCCGCAACGAGCGAUGCUGGAAGUGCAAGAUAUGGACCAUACGGAAACCAAGGACCAACCGUUGUCAUUGUUAACGACGACGGUCCAUCGGGCACAUCAACAACAUCAUCCACCGCAGCCGCAGCUGCAGGUGGCGCUGGAGCAUCUGGCUCACAAGGACGAGGCUACGGUGCUGGCGCCGGAGGCGCAGGAGCCGGAGCAUCAGGACAGUUCGGUCUCUAUGGUGCACAAGGAGGACGUGGUGCAGGAUCCGCCGCUGCUGCUGCUGCCGGAUCAUCCGGCGCUUACGGCCCAGGAUCACGUGGAAGCUACGGAAGCCCAGGAGUAGUCAUUGUUGAGGAAACAGGAUCUGGUUCAAGAUCGAGCUCUUCUAUCGCUGCUAGUACAGCAAACGCUGGCUCAGCCAAUGGUGCUAACGGAUACGGAAUCGGAUCAGGACUUGGAAGUGCAGCAGCCGGAGCAGCAUCAGCCGCAACGAGCGAUGCUGGAAGUGCAAGAUAUGGACCAUACGGAAACCAAGGACCAACCGUUGUCAUUGUUAACGACGACGGUCCAUCGGGCACAUCAACAACAUCAUCCACCGCAGCCGCAGCUGCAGGUGGCGCUGGAGCAUCUGGCUCACAAGGACGAGGCUACGGUGCUGGCGCCGGAGGCGCAGGAGCCGGAGCAUCAGGACAGUUCGGUCUCUACGGUUUACAAGGAGGACGUGGUGCAGGAUCCGCCGCUGCUGCCGCCGCAGCCGCCGCUGCUGCUGCCGGAUCAUCCGGCGCUUACGGCCCAGGAUCACGUGGAAGCUACGGAAGCCCAGGAGUAGUCAUUGUUGAGGAAACAGGAUCUGGUUCAAGAUCGAGCUCUUCUAUCGCUGCUAGUACAGCAAACGCUGGCUCAGCCAAUGGUGCUAACGGAUACGGAAUCGGAUCAGGACUUGGAAGUGCAGCAGCCGGAGCAGCAUCAGCCGCAACGAGCGAUGCUGGAAAUGCAGGAUAUGGACCAUACGGAAACCAAGGACCAACCGUUGUCAUUGUUAACGACGACGGUUCAUCGGGCACAUCAACAACAUCAUCCACCGCAGCCGCAGCUGCAGGUGGCGCUGGAGCAUCUGGCUCACAAGGACGAGGCUACGGUGCUGGCGCCGGAGGCGCAGGAGCCGGAGCAUCAGGACAGUUUGGUCUCUAUGGUUUACAAGGAGGACGUGGUGCAGGAUCCGCCGCUGCUGCCGCCGCAGCCGCCGCUGCUGCUGCCGGAUCAUCCGGCGCUUACGGCCCAGGAUCACGUGGAAGCUACGGAAGCCCAGGAGUAGUCAUUGUUGAGGAGACAGGAUCUGGUUCAAGAUCGAGUUCUUCUGCCGCUGCUAGUACAGCAAACGCUGGCUCAGCCAAUGGUGCUAACGGAUACGGAAUCGGAUCAGGACUUGGAGGUGCAGCAGCCGGAGCAGCAUCAGCCGCAACGAGCGAUGCUGGAAGUGCAGCAUAUGGACCAUACGGAAACCAAGGACCAACCGUUGUCAUUGUUAACGACGACGGUCCAUCGGGCACAUCAACAACAUCAUCCACCGCAGCCGCAGCUGCAGGUGGCGCUGGAGCAUCUGGCUCACAAGGACGAGGCUACGGUGCUGGCGUCGGAGGCGCAGGAGCCGGAGCAUUAGGACAGUUCGGUCUCUACGGUUUACAAGGAGGACGUGGUGCAGGAUCCGCCGCUGCUGCCGCCGCAGCCGCCGCUGCUGCUGCCGGAUCAUCCGGCGCUUACGGCCCAGGAUCACGUGGAAGCUACGGAAGCCCAGGAGUAGUCAUUGUUGAGGAAACAGGAUCUGGUUCAAGAUCGAGCUCUUCUGCCGCUGCUAGUACAGCAAACGCUGACUCAGCCAAUGGUGCUAACGGAUACGGAAUCGGAUCAGGACUUGGAGGUGCAGCAGCCGGAGCAGCAUCAGCCGCAACGAGCGAUGCUGGAAAUGCAAGAUAUGGACCAUACGGAAACCAAGGACCAACCGUUGUCAUUGUUAACGACGACGGUCCAUCGGGCACAUCAACAACAUCAUCCACCGCAGCCGCAGCUGCAGGUGGCGCUGGAGCAUCUGGCUCACAAGGACGAGGCUACGGUGCUGGCGCCGGAGGCGCAGGAGCCGGAGCAUCAGGACAGUUCGGUCUCUAUGGUUUACAAGGAGGACGUGGUGCAGGAUCCGCCGCUGCUGCCGCCGCAGCCGCCGCUGCUGCCGGAUCAUCCGGCGCUUACGGCCCAGGAUCACGUGGAAGCUACGGAAGCCCAGGAGUAGUCAUUGUUGAGGAAACAGGAUCUGGUUCAAGAUCGAGCUCUUCUACCGCUGCUAGUACAGCAAACGCUGGCUCAGCCAAUGGUGCUAACGGAUACGGAAUCGGAUCAGGACUUGGAGGUGCAGCAGCCGGAGCAGCAUCAGCCGCAACGAGCGAUGCUGGAAAUGCAGGAUAUGGACCAUACGGAAACCAAGGACCAACCGUUGUCAUUGUUAACGACGACGGUCCAUCGGGCACAUCAACAACAUCAUCCACCGCAGCCGCAGCUGCAGGUGGCGCUGGAGCAUCUGGCUCACAAGGACGAGGCUACGGUGCUGGCGUCGGAGGCGCAGGAGCCGGAGCAUUAGGACAGUUCGGUCUCUACGGUUUACAAGGAGGACGUGGUGCAGGAUCCGCCGCUACUGCCGCCGCAGCCGCCGCUGCUGCUGCCGGAUCAUCCGGCGCUUACGGCCCAGGAUCACGUGGAAGCUACGGAAGCCCAGGAGUAGUCAUUGUUGAGGAGACAGGAUCUGGUUCAAGAUCGAGCUCUUCUGCCGCUGCUAGUACAGCAAACGCUGGCUCAGCCAAUCGUGCUAACGGAUACGGAAUCGGAUCAGGACUUGGAGGUGCAGCAGCCGGAGCAGCAUCAGCCGCAACGAGCGAUGCUGGAAAUGCAGGAUAUGGACCAUACGGAAACCAAGGACCAACCGUUGUCAUUGUUAACGACGACGGUUCAUCGGGCACAUCAACAACAUCAUCCACCGCAGCCGCAGCUGCAGGUGGCGCUGGAGCAUCUGGCUCACAAGGACGAGGCUACGGUGCUGGCGUCGGAGGCGCAGGAGCCGGAGCAUUAGGACAGUUCGGUCUCUACGGUUUACAAGGAGGACGUGGUGCAGGAUCCGCCGCUACUGCCGCCGCAGCCGCCGCUGCUGCUGCCGGAUCAUCCGGCGCUUACGGCCCAGGAUCACGUGGAAGCUACGGAAGCCCAGGAGUAGUCAUUGUUGAGGAGACAGGAUCUGGUUCAAGAUCGAGCUCUUCUGCCGCUGCUAGUACAGCAAACGCUGACUCAGCCAAUGGUGCUAACGGAUACGGAAUCGGAUCAGGACUUGGAGGUGCAGCAGCCGGAGCAGCAUCAGCCGCAACGAGCGAUGCUGGAAAUGCAGGAUAUGGACCAUACGGAAACCAAGGACCAACCGUUGUCAUUGUUAACGACGACGGUUCAUCGGGCACAUCAACAACAUCAUCCACCGCAGCCGCAGCUGCAGGUGGCGCUGGAGCAUCUGGCUCACAAGGACGAGGCUACGGUGCUGGCGUCGGAGGCGCAGGAGCCGGAGCAUUAGGACAGUUCGGUCUCUACGGUUUACAAGGAGGACGUGGUGCAGGAUCCGCCGCUACUGCCGCCGCAGCCGCCGCUGCUGCUGCCGGAUCAUCCGGCGCUUACGGCCCAGGAUCACGUGGAAGAAACGGAAGCCCAGGAGUAGUCAUUGUUGAGGAGACAGGAUCUGGUUCAAGAUCGAGCUCUUCUGCCGCUGCUAGUACAGCAAACGCUGGCUCAGCCAAUCGUGCUAACGGAUACGGAAUCGGAUCAGGACUUGGAGGUGCAGCAGCCGGAGCAGCAUCAGCCGCAACGAGCGAUGCUGGAAAUGCAGGAUAUGGACCAUACGGAAACCAAGGACCAACCGUUGUCAUUGUUAACGACGACGGUUCAUCGGGCACAUCAACAACAUCAUCCACCGCAGCCGCAGCUGCAGGUGGCGCUGGAGCAUCUGGCUCACAAGGACGAGGCUACGGUGCUGGCGCCGGAGGCGCAGGAGCCGGAGCAUCAGGACAGUUCGGUCUCUAUGGCUCACAAGGAGGACGUGGUGCAGAAUCCGCCGCUGCUGCUGCCGGAUCAUCCGGCGCUUACGGCCCAGGAUCACGUGGAAGCUACGGAAGCCCAGGAGUAGUCAUUGUUGAGGAGACAGGAUCUGGUUCAAGAUCGAGUUCUUCUGCCGCUGCUAGUACAGCAAACGCUGGCUCAGCCAAUGGUGCUAACGGAUACGGAAUCGGAUCAGGACUUGGAGGUGCAGCAGCCGGAGCAGCAUCAGCCGCAACGAGCGAUGCUGGAAGUGCAGCAUAUGGACCAUACGGAAACCAAGGACCAACCGUUGUCAUUGUUAACGACGACGGUCCAUCGGGCACAUCAACAACAUCAUCCACCGCAGCCGCAGCUGCAGGUGGCGCUGGAGCAUCUGGCUCACAAGGACGAGGCUACGGUGCUGGCGUCGGAGGCGCAGGAGCCGGAGCAUUAGGACAGUUCGGUCUCUACGGUUUACAAGGAGGACGUGGUGCAGGAUCCGCCGCUACUGCCGCCGCAGCCGCCGCUGCUGCUGCCGGAUCAUCCGGCGCUUACGGCCCAGGAUCACGUGGAAGCUACGGAAGCCCAGGAGUAGUCAUUGUUGAGGAGACAGGAUCUGGUUCAAGAUCGAGCUCUUCUGCCGCUGCUAGUACAGCAAACGCUGGCUCAGCCAAUCGUGCUAACGGAUACGGAAUCGGAUCAGGACUUGGAGGUGCAGCAGCCGGAGCAGCAUCAGCCGCAACGAGCGAUGCUGGAAAUGCAGGAUAUGGACCAUACGGAAACCAAGGACCAACCGUUGUCAUUGUUAACGACGACGGUUCAUCGGGCACAUCAACAACAUCAUCUACCGCAGCCGCAGCUGCAGGUGGCGCUGGAGCAUCUGGCUCACAAGGACGAGGCUACGGUGCUGGCGCCGGAGGCGCAGGAGCCGGAGCAUCAGGACAGUUCGGUCUCUAUGGCUCACAAGGAGGACAUGGUGCAGAAUCCGCCGCUGCUGCUGCCGGAUCAUCCGGCGCUUACGGCCCAGGAUCACGUGGAAGCUACGGAAGCCCAGGAGUAGUCAUUGUUGAGGAGACAGGAUCUGGUUCAAGAUCGAGUUCUUCUGCCGCUGCUAGUACAGCAAACGCUGGCUCAGCCAAUGGUGCUAACGGAUACGGAAUCGGAUCAGGACUUGGAGGUGCAGCAGCCGGAGCAGCAUCAGCCGCAACGAGCGAUGCUGGAAGUGCAGCAUAUGGACCAUACGGAAACCAAGGACCAACCGUUGUCAUUGUUAACGACGACGGUCCAUCGGGCACAUCAACAACAUCAUCCACCGCAGCCGCAGCUGCAGGUGGCGCUGGAGCAUCUGGCUCACAAGGACGAGGCUACGGUGCUGGCGUCGGAGGCGCAGGAGCCGGAGCAUUAGGACAGUUCGGUCUCUACGGUUUACAAGGAGGACGUGGUGCAGGAUCCGCCGCUACUGCCGCCGCAGCCGCCGCUGCUGCUGCCGGAUCAUCCGGCGCUUACGGCCCAGGAUCACGUGGAAGCUACGGAAGCCCAGGAGUAGUCAUUGUUGAGGAGACAGGAUCUGGUUCAAGAUCGAGCUCUUCUGCCGCUGCUAGUACAGCAAACGCUGACUCAGCCAAUGGUGCUAACGGAUACGGAAUCGGAUCAGGACUUGGAGGUGCAGCAGCCGGAGCAGCAUCAGCCGCAACGAGCGAUGCUGGAAAUGCAGGAUAUGGACCAUACGGAAACCAAGGACCAACCGUUGUCGUUGUUAACGACGACGGUUCAUCGGGCACAUCAACAACAUCAUCCACCGCAGCCGCAGCUGCAGGUGGCGCUGGAGCAUCUGGCUCACAAGGACGAGGCUACGGUGCUGGCGUCGGAGGCGCAGGAGCCGGAGCAUUAGGACAGUUCGGUCUCUACGGUUUACAAAGAGGACGUGGUGCAGGAUCCGCCGCUACUGCCGCCGCAGCCGCCGCUGCUGCUGCCGGAUCAUCCGGCGCUUACGGCCCAGGAUCACGUGGAAGCUACGGAAGCCCAGGAGUAGUCAUUGUUGAGGAGACAGGAUCUGGUUCAAGAUCGAGCUCUUCUGCCGCUGCUAGUACAGCAAACGCUGGCUCAGCCAAUCGUGCUAACGGAUACGGAAUCGGAUCAGGACUUGGAGGUGCAGCAGCCGGAGCAGCAUCAGCCGCAACGAGCGAUGCUGGAAAUGCAGGAUAUGGACCAUACGGAAACCAAGGACCAACCGUUGUCAUUGUUAACGACGACGGUUCAUCGGGCACAUCAACAACAUCAUCCACCGCAGCCGCAGCUGCAGGUGGUGCUAGAGAUUCUGGCUCACAAGGACUUGCAAGCACUGCUCGAGGUGUGGGAUACGGGCCUGGCUCUGCAGGUGCCUACGGACCAUAUGGAAACCAAAGAGAAACUGUUGUUAUUGUCAAUAAAGAAGGUUCAGGAUCGUCGUCAUCUUCUUCAGCUGCAUCAUCUGGACCUGUAUUGCAAGGACCAUCUUAUAGACCUGGCUCAGGAGUUAAUGCAUUAGCUGCAUCAAGUUUGAACUCACAGAGUGGACCAGAAGAGAUAGUUAUUAUUAACGAGAGACGACCUGUUUCAAGAUCAAGUUCAUCUAGCUCUGCUAGUACACCAAAUGCUGGCUUAGCCGAAAUCAAUGGUGCUCAAGGUUAUGGAGUCGGAUCAGGACUAGAAGGUUUAGGAGCCGGAGCAGCAUCAACCGCAGCAAGUGCUGCUGGCAGUGCAGGAUAUGGACCAUACGGAAACCAAGGACCAAAAGUUGUAAUUUUUAACGAGGACGGUUCAUUGGGCUCAUCAUCAGCAUCAUCCGCCACAGCCGCAGCUGCAGAUGGCUCUGGAGGUCCUGGAUCACAAGGACGAGGCUUCGGUCCAGGCGCCGCAGGCGCAGGAGCCCGAGCAUCAGGACAACUCAGUUUCUACGGUUCACAAGGAGGACGUGGUGCAGAAUCCGCUUCUGCAGCCGCCGGUGCUGCAGCAGCCGCUGCUGCUGGAUCGUCCGGUGCUUACAGUCUAGGAUCACUUGGAAGCUACGGAAGCCAAGAAAAAGUCAUUAUUAACGAAAAAGUGUCUGGUUUAGGAUCAAGCUCUUUUGGCGCUGCUAGUGCGGUUAACGCUGGCUCAGCUGGAGUUAAUGGUGUUCAGGGUUACGGAAUUGGAUCAGGACCUGGAGGACCUGGAGCAGGAUCCACUGCUACAAGCACUGCUGGCAGUACAGGAUAUGGCUCUACUGCCUACGGGCCAUACGGAUACCAAAUUCCAAGUGUUGUAAUUAUUAAUGAACAAGAUUCAGGAUUACCAGCGUCUGCAUCUGCUUCGGCUACCUCAAGCAGCUCUGACUUAGAAGGACAAGUUCCUUUAGACAGUACUGUUUCAACAUAUGGAUACGGUUCGCAAUUAUACGGACCUUCCGGUAACCAGGAACCAAUUGUCAUUAUUAAUGAACGUGGUUCUGGAUCUAGUGCCUCGUCAAGCUCAGUAGCUUCUGCUUCUUACGUUCAAGGCAGAGGAAGAGUUCGUCAAGCUUGUCAACUAAGACGUAGCCAAUACUUUGUAAGAAUUGGCAGGAAAGGUCAACUUUGCCCAACUUGU